GUGCCGCGCCUGCGCACAAUGUCCUACCUUCUCCCCAGCCGGCCGCUCGAGAACGCGCACGCAUGGCUGUUUUACAAGCUGGGGAGGCGUGUCCUGCAUGCUGGAGAUAGUGCCGGGGAGAGAGACUGUCUGCCUGCUACGCUGCUGUCCUGCAGAUUCUAGAGGAGGGAGGAGGGCCCUGGAAGAUCACGGUGGCAGAGAUAGUGCCUCUAAGUACAUGGAUUUCAGAAAACGUGAUAAGACCUGGGCGACACACCUUGGGUCUAUUUUUGGAGAGUCAGCGGCAGCUGGGGCCGAGUCCAGUAAUAUAAAGGAUUUGAAACUCAAGAUAAAAGAUCUUUUAAAAAAACGCAUCAAAAUUUGGUGGAAUAAGGCAUCACUUGAGCAAUACCUCCAGAAAGAAAUUAUCCCACGUGGUCUAAGAUUGCAGUUUUUCCCUGCAUUUGAGGUGGAUGAUCCAUCGUUUGUAGGAAAGUGGGAGGACACCCUCACUCGGUGCUCUCGUACCCUAAUUAAGCUCCUGAUUGGGGCAGAUCGAAAAUCAUUGGAAACAAUAGAGAAAGAGAUUGACAACAUACGGGAACAGAUUCAAAGGGCUGUACCAGUUGAGGCCUGUGAGUCAUUCGACAGUGAAUUGGAGGAGGAUCUUGUGAGGUGGGAGAAAGAAAUUCAGGGCCUUAAGGUGAAAAAAUUUCAAAGAGACCUGGUAGACUUUCAGAACUAUAAGGUCUAUCGUUGGCACAUGACGAGAAGCCGCACACGUAAUAUAUCUCUCUCUCUGUCUACGUCUUCCACUAAUAGUCAAGGAUGUGGAGAGUCUUUUUUAGAUGAGCGCAGGGGAUCCAGCGAGGGGGGCGGCGAUGAAAAUUGGACCUCCCGCCUAAGAACACCAUCCACAAAGCGAAAAACAAGGCAGAACUAUUCUGUGGGGAAACGAGUAAAGAAAUAUUAAAGUUCUCUGUGUGGUCAUGUAAAGCGAUGCCGGAAGUGCCUUAAGGAGAGGGAUGAUAUCUAUACAAGCUGUGAGUGAAGGGGUGGAUAUGAGAUACAUCACAAGUGCGGAGGACGGACCACUUCAUCAAUGCUGGAAGGAACUCCUGCAUGUGGGAUCUGUACUAUAUAUGCUGAAUGACACUUUUUGGUAUUAGUGUUUUGUUGGUCAGUUGGGUGUCUAUGUCCCCAUAGUCACUAGAUAAUUGGCGUGAUGUACUAUACGGAGGUUCAGAUACUUCGGACACACUAGUCGAAUAUUGAAUCUCUCUUAGUUAUCAUAAUGAAUUUUUUAUUAUUUCUUUAAUAUAUUUAUUAUAUAUUUGUUAUACUUCUGUAUUCAUUUUACAAUUGUCAAGCGGGGGUGGUCCUGACUGUGUUGGGUGGGUAUAAACAUGUGUUGUAUCACCCUAGACAAUGUGGACACACACACUCUGCUAUUAAUAAUAAUUUAUGGCUAUUAAUAGUGAUUGAUGGCCAAUGUCACAUUUGAUAAUUUGGAUAUAUGUGGUGUUACUUAAUGAUGGUUUAAGAUUAUCAAGAUAAUAGUAUGAAAUUUAUUUGUGCAUAAUUAUGGGUCACUAUUAGGUAUUAUGAUGAUUAUUUGAUGGUAUUACACUAUCUGUGCACUGUAUUGAUUUUUUGUAAUGUGGUUCUAAUCAUGUAGUGUAUUCAGCAUAUGUGAUAUUGAAUGUGUAGGAUAAUCUAUCUGAUCAUGUCUGAUAUUUGUUCUAUGUGCAUGAUGAUCCUGUUAUGAGAGAUGUUCAUGUUGUGGUGUAUUGUGAGGAAUUCCCUUUCUGUAAUAUGUGUUGUCUACUUGUGAUGUAUAUCCCGAUUUUGUUGUCAUGUGGUGGUGCACGUGCGCGUGAUUUGCACUACUGGGUAACUGUUAUAUUAUGGAGUUACAGUAUGUGCAAUGGUGUUGUGGUGGUGAUGGUGUGACUUCUGCACACUUUGAUGUGUAAUAUGCGAUGUGCCCCACCACGUGACAAUAUGAUGUAUGGGGACGACAUAUGUGCUCUUUUGGAAGAGGUCUAUUUGAAAUGUGCCUUAAAAUGCUGGAACCCCAUACCCAUUGUUAAACCUUCCUGUUAAUAACUAAAUAUAUAUGUACUCAGAUGUAUUUGGCUUUUUAUUAUUGCUCCGUAUCUAUUAAAAUGCGGAGCAGUGACGAAAAGCUGAAUUGAAAUGCUGGAACCCCAUACCCACUGCUAAACCCUCCUGUCAAUAACUAAAUAUAUAUGUACUCAGAUGUAUUCAGCUUUUUAUUAUUGUUCCGUAUCUAUUGUAUCUCCCAUGCGGACCUCACGUUGUGGGCUUUCUUUUUAUUUGGUAUAGCAGUAUCUAGCAUAUUGGAUGUGGUUAUAAUACUGUUUGAACUUUGAUCCUUACCUGUUUUGAUUGGCUGGUACAGCGCUCUGCUAUGAUGCGCUGCGUGCUGGGUCACGUGGGGAGGCCGCUACGUUUCCUUGGGAGGCGGGCUGGAACGCAUGGCUUGCGUUCCACCCCUCCUCCUGACGAAUGCGGAGCCGCCAUGUUUAACUCGGUAUGCAUCACCAGGCAGGAGUGCUCGGUAGUAAGUACCAGCUGUCACAUUAUAUUCAAUUAUUUUAAUUAUACUAUGCCCUGAGGCCACAUGGAGAAUAUAAAUAGGAGACUAUGGCCACACUCUCACAUUACCUCCUGACGAAGCUGAGGCAAAACGCGCGUCGGUGUCCAUUUGCCUGUCUCGUGCCUAUCUUCUUUGCCCUCCAUCAUGUCUCAUGGUAUGUUAUGACUUUUUCAUCUAGUUAACCACGGAUGACUCUCUUUGCUUACAGCUCCUUAUGAGGAUCUGGUGCAUGGGGUUUUAUUUUCCCAGGUGUGUUACAUCUCAUAGGAACAUCAUAUUUGUCUUUGCUCCUAUUUAUAUAUCCUGACUUAUUUUUUGCAUUUCAUCCUGUGAAUAUAUAUAGAUAUAUGUGUGAUGAUCACAGUUAGAAUAAUCUUUUUGGGGUAUGUAUAUGUGACAAUUCCCUUUUCUGUGAGUCACCAUAUUAUAUACUUUAUAUACAUCUGACAUGUAUUCCAUCUCUUGGUGGGCUAUAGGAAUAUUGGCCGGGGGACUGCGGCAUCCAGGGGUCUUCUGUUGAUCUCUCCAAAUCUCUUUUUUUGUUAUUCCUAUUAUAAGAAUCAUGUAUUGUCUAUUUUUGAUUCAAUAAAAUAAUAUAUAUUUUACAUUGGGCAUUCAAUUGUUGUUUUGUUGGACAACAUUUUAGGUUUCUAUAGU